UCCCGCGUGGCGUGGCGGGGGGGAGACCCCGCGCCGGGGACGAGGAGCUGGCCCGGAUUUGGCGCUUCUGGAGGGACAGCGGGGAGCGAGCGUCUCCCUGCGCCGCCAGCCCCAUUUGGGGGGGGGGGAGCCCCUCGCCGCCUGGCUGGGCUGGGAGCCGUUUCUCGCUGCGGCGACCGUGGCUCUGUCCACUCCCCCCGCCCCGGCCGUUGUAGGCUCGGGAUAAACGCGGUGCCGGGGGAGGUCCCGGGGGACCCGCUCCCCUCCCGUGCGCUGCCGCCCCGCGCUGGGGGGGAAGGAUGCUGCUGCUGCCGGGAGCGCUCUGGCCUCGGGAGCCUCCCGGGACGCGGCCAAGGGCUUGUCAGUCAAACAACCCUCAGGACCUCUGCGUCUCGGCGCUGCGCUCUGCCAGGGCUGCUCCCCGGGAAGCCAGCUCGUUGCCGCGGAGGCAGGCGGAGUGUGGGGUUUGGCGCAGGUUUUUGUGAUGGCUGAAAAGUCGGGUUCAUGGUAGCCGUAAAGGUGAGGCCGACGCGCUGCCGGUCUCUCUAAAAUAGUCCUUCGUUUUCCCCAAGGAAAGAUGCACUGCGCUCGUGUAGAAGGUCACUUCAGUUACCGAGCUUGUCUCCAAGCCUUCGCGUUUCUGGGGAUAAUGCAUUCGUGUGAAGGGGAGCUUUGUGGAGCAAGCAGCCAAGUGCAACCUUCAGGCCUCACACUUGAAUUCUUUUGUUAUGUCUGAGUCACUGACAUAGUUGGGGGCUGGAAACCCCUUUGCUGAGGCCCUGGAUGCUGAGUCUCAUUUGAGAGAUUUUCAGAAGUUUUCAGGUCAGAAUAUCAUGGACAGAAAAUAGUUUGGAUAAUGUGUUUCUCUAGUAUUUCUCCAGUAUUUCAGUAUUAAUAAUGGAUAAGUGUAAGCACAUAGGGCGACUGCGGCUUGCCCAAGACCAUUCCAUCCUGAACCCUCAAAAAUGGCAUUGCGUGGACUGCAAUACUACCGAAUCUGUCUGGGCAUGCCUUAGCUGCUCACAUGUUGCGUGUGGAAGGUACAUUGAAGAGCAUGCACUAAAGCACUUUCAGGAAAGUAGCCAUCCAGUGGCAUUGGAAGUGAAUGAGCUGUAUGUUUUCUGUUACCUUUGUGAUGACUAUGUUCUUAAUGAUAAUGCAACUGGUGACUUAAAACUAUUGCGAAGUACAUUAAGUGCAAUCAAGAGCCAAAACUAUGACUGCACUACCCGUAGUGGCAGGACUUUGCGAUCUAUGGGUACAAGUGAUGACUCUUACCUUUCACACAAUGGUGCCCAAGCCUUGCUUCGAAAUGAAGACCGCAUGUUCACGGCUCUGUGGCACAGAAGGCGUGCGUUAAUAGGCAAAGUGUUCAGAUCAUGGUUUGAGCUAACACCUAGUGGGGAAAGGAUUUUGGAAGAAGAGAGGCGCCAGGAGGAGGCAGAGGAAAGAAGGGACAAAGCUAGGAAAAGAAGACAAGAGCGAAAGCGUCAGUUGAAAGUAGAGAUGGAAAACAUGCCUCCAAGGAAGAGUUCUCGUUUACAAAAUCAAAAUAAAAUAUCCUCAAAAGUAUCACCCUGUUUACAAAAAUUACCACAAAAUUUGUCCUCUCCUGCAGAGCUGAAAGUAACUUCUACCUCAGAUGAAGUAAGAUUGAAAAAAAUUGGUGAUUCUCCAAUUAAGCGAAGGCCUACAGUGACUCCUGGUGUAACAGGACUGAGAAACUUGGGAAAUACAUGCUAUAUGAACUCUAUUCUGCAAGUAUUGAGUCAUUUGCUUAUUUUUCGGGAAUGUUUUUUAAAGCUUGAUCUGAACCAAACUCAAGAGUUGCUGGCAACAGCAGCCAAUGAAAAAACAAGAUCCUCUUCUAAGCACCCUCCAAUUACUGGUUCUGCAUUUUGUGUGAAUGAGAACCAAAUGAAGGUAAAAGGAUCAUCUUCCAUGAGACGACCCAGUUUAUCAUCCGGACUAAGUGGAGGGGCAUCAAAAAGUAGAAAUAUGGAGCUUAUUCAGCCCAGGGAGCCAAGCUCAAAGCACAUUUCUCUGUGUCAUGAGCUACAUACUCUGUUCCAAGUUAUGUGGUCUGGCAAGUGGGCAUUGGUGUCUCCUUUUGCCAUGCUCCAUUCUGUGUGGAGACUAAUCCCAGCCUUCCGAGGUUAUGCCCAACAAGAUGCUCAGGAAUUCCUCUGUGAACUUUUGGAUAAAGUACAGCAGGAACUGGAGACAACUGGGACCAGAUACCCAGCUCUCAUCCCCACUUCUCAAAGGAAACUUAUCAAACAGGUUCUGAAUGUGGUCAAUACCAUUUUUCAUGGACAGCUUUUAAGUCAGGUUACAUGUCUUGCGUGUGACAAUAAAUCAAAUACUAUAGAAUCCUUCUGGGAUCUGUCGCUGGAAUUUCCUGAGAGGUAUCAUUGCAAUGGGAAGGAGAUGGCUUCUCAGUAUCCAUGCCUGCUGACAGAAAUGUUGGCCAAGUUUACAGAGACGGAAGCUUUAGAAGGAAAGAUAUAUGCGUGUGAUCAGUGCAACACAAAACGCAGGAAAUUUUCUUCCAAACCAGUUAUACUUACAGAAGCCCAGAAACAGCUUAUGGUGUGUCGACUACCUCAAGUGCUGAGACUACACCUUAAACGGUUCAGGUGGUCGGGACGCAAUCAUCGUGAGAAGAUUGGAGUACAUGUUAGCUUUGAUCAGAUAUUAAAUAUGGAGCCUUAUUGCUGCCGGGAGUCCCUGAAGUCCCUCUUACCUGAUUGCUUUAUCUAUGACUUGUCUGCUGUGAUUAUGCAUCAUGGGAAAGGAUUUGGUUCAGGGCACUACACUGCCUACUGCUAUAAUUCAGAAGGAGGAUUCUGGGCACACUGCAAUGAUUCCAUACUCAACAUGUGCACUAUGGAAGAAGUAUGCAAGGCUCAAGCCUACAUCUUGUUUUACAGCCAGCGAGUUACUCAGGCAAACAAACACUGUAGAAUAUCAUUUCCUAGCUCACCAUCUGAAAACCAGCAGUGUACUGAAUUUGUUGACUGUUCAAGUGAAAACAGUAGCAGCUAAUCCAAAGCCAAUUUACUGUGUACAGUAAAAGUUGACUUGUCAACUUUUAUGCGUAUUUUUAAAGAGAAAAUGCAAGUACAAAUUGUAUUUUUUUACUUGUGAAUCAAUGUACAUUGUUUAUACACUUUUGUAUUAGCUAAAGUAAGCACUCUUAAGUGUUAGUAUAAAUUUAUAUGGAUGGUAGGUAACUUUCAAAGUACCUAGAAUUGCUUUACAACUUUUUUUAAAAAAAAUUUCCCUUUGAAUUUUUAACUCUUACCUCAGGCUGUUUUUCAGCACUGUUUUUAUAUUUUGAUAAUCUGAUUUGGUUUAGAAAAAAAUACUCUCGAUGGACAGCUGAUGUCUGUAUAAUUUUCGUUAACUUUCUACAUGUGUAUGUUUUUAUAGUAUAAUUUUAUAGCAUCUAUUGAUUCUUACUGUCUCUGGGAAUCAGUCUUCACAGAAUAUGAAGGUGCACUAACAAAGAAAGCCUCUAUUAAAUGUCAAGUAAUAAACUUUUCUUCAGGGGGGGAGGGAUUUUUUUUCCUGAAUGUCCUUCAAGUGAUGGAUAAGCUAGACUCAGAUCUACAAAACUGCUACUGAACGCUGAACGUGCACAUGGGUGUGUCCAUCUGCUGCCUAAGCCCUAGAGCAAUUCACAAACUAAGAAUGAGAGGCAGUUGGCUGCCUAAAUGGCAUAGUCAGAGGCCACCUACCAGAUUCAAAAAUGGGGGGGAGGGAGGAGACAGGUGGUAGUGCCCACCUUAUAACUUGUAACCUGGGCUUAGAGCACUUGUGAGAUGUGAGACACCCAGGCUCAGUUCUCCAUUCUGCCUGAAGAGGAAAAAGGAUAUGAACAGAGAGUUUUCUACCUUCCAGGUGACUUCUCACCACUGAGCUGUGGAAUUAUGGGAUGGAGCUGCUCCCUCCUGUUAUUGUUCCACUAGGUGUAAAUAAGGAAAGAAUGAUUGGAGCAGAGGGACUGGACUGGACCAACAGUCUCCCAGCUCAGUGCCCAAACCCCUGGUCUACAGACUCAUCCAAUGAGGAUAAAUAUUGGCAGAGAGUGGGGAAUUAAACUUGGGUUGCUCACAUCCCAGACAAAUACCCUAACCACCUAAAACUUUAAGGUAGCUACCCCCAGCAGCAAUCAUUUUGUGUGGAGUGAGGCAGGCACCUAACUCAUUUCCCUCAAAAAGUUUCUUAGGUUCCUAAGUCAGCUGCCUCCAGGCAGCAGGUUCCCCUUUGUGGAUUGCAAAGCAGUGCCUAUCUCUAAGAGGAGCAGGGCUUAGUAUACACCCAUCUGGGCAGCACCUACCAUGCUGGCUUUUGAGGAUCCGUGUUAUGGUUUUCUAGGUAUCUAACUGUUAGGCACUGUAAUGCUAGGCAUUGCAACAGCCAAGUGCCUUUGUGACUCCCACCUGUAGUCACUGUUUUUCCCCAGUGGUGCCUAUGGAGCUAUACAGAAAGGAAAAAAAGAUUAUAGUGUUUUAUUUGUGAAAUGUCCAGAGGAAAACAAUAGCAUAUGUGCUUAGUUACAUGUCAGUGCAUUAGUGAUAGAAAAAUGUAAUAGAGCACAAAUGAGGGCUAGGAGAUAAAACAUGAAGGUUACUUAUUUUACAUCUGUGAUGCUAAACCUAAAGUGUUAAUUGGGUUGCUACUCUUGGGGAAAUUCCUUAGCUACCAAAAAGAUUUCUCUUGCCAAACUGGAAAACGUGAGCCUAGUUCCUUAGAAAGGUAGCAUUCCUUCAGUAAUCUCUAGCACACAUGAAUAAAGCACCAUAGUUAGUUGAGCAAAACAGGUUGCAUAAAACACAACUGGAGCCUCUUUAAAUUUGGAUGUGUUGUGGGAGCCACACCUGCCAUACUUACUGCUCCUUUAUUUCUAAACUAGUAUUAACAGAGAAUUCACCUCUUCCUCAUUGCCUAAAAAACUGAAUAUUUCCCCACCAAUUGUAGGUAAUGCCAAAAUUGUAACGAUUAGUUUAAGUUGGUGUGAAGUGGUUUUUUUCCCAUAAAAACCUAUGCAAAUUACCUCAGUUCUUGGAAAAUUAUACCUCAAUAAAACACUGUGUGGACUAACA